GUGCUUCAGAUAUGUCUUGUAUUCAUUUGGGUUCCGCAGAACUUUUGCAAGGAAAGAAAUGAAACGUCAGAGGAGAAAAUGAUAUACAGCACAUCUGUGAUGAGCAUGAUGAAACUUUUGGAAAUGGAAGAAUCUCUAAAAACGAACUUAGAUAUAUACGUUCAGGAAAUGCAGUCCAAGUUAGAUCUGAUUAAAUUAUAUCAAGACUCGCUGAAACGAGUAACUUUAACAACGCUGGAGGAGAAGGAAGAGUAUGUGUCCAAUCCUCUAAAUGCGUUUCCCAUGCUCAGACGCCUCAAUCAAGAUUGGCCCAAAUGGCUGAGAUAUAUAAAAUUGGCUAUAGCUUCGAAGAAAAUCAAAGAAAUGGAAGUGCAGUUGAAGUCCGCGCCGAUUGACGAUGACCUCAAAGUUGCCCUAAAGGGUAUGACGCGCAUUGAAAAAUUUCACAAUCUGCACGCAGAGGAUUUGACGAAAGGUGUCCUCAUGGGAAAGAAAUUAAACUCCCAUUUGACUGCUCCGGAUUGUGUUGCCCUGGGUGAUUAUUACUACAAUCAAACUCAAUUCUCAGGAUCCACGCACUGGUAUCGCAUGGCCCUAAGGGUUCACACACAUCCUCGUGGCAUGAUCUACGCGAAAGUUUUGGGCUUGAAAAGGAAAAGGAUAUACAAGAAGUAUGCCAAGGCCUUGCUGAAAGAAUCCCUAAAUUCGGAUAAAAGUAAGCCCACUCCGACAGAGAAGUCUGAAUGGAACCGAUUGGCCAAAGAGGUCACACGGGAAGACAACUACGACAACGUUAAGAAGUUAAUUGAUGAAUACCUAUCAGGGGACGAGAAGAUCUUCCAAGAGGUAGCAGCCCGACUGAAGCGCAAACCAACCAAGCUGGAGCGAGGUUGCCGUGGAGAGUGGCCAAAGAAAUCCUCGCCAGAACUAAUAUGUCGCUAUAAUAGGGACACCUCUGCGUUCCUUAAGUUAGCUCCACUUAAGUUGGAGUUUCUGAGCGUGCAGCCAAUGAUACUUCUGUAUCACGACGUGCUGUAUGAAAACGAAUUCAAAUCAAUGCGAGACAUAGCCAUGUAUAAUGGCUCCAUGAUUGAUGGCUGGACAUAUGUAGACUUUGACAAAAAGGGCAAUCCAAAGCAACAGGACCGAGUGGUGAAAAUGAUUGCUUUUCAGGGCACCACAGCACCUUUCACUUUGAGCAUCAAUCGGCGGAUGGCGGAUAUGAGUGGUCUUGAGAUGCGCGAUAACAUGGUCCUGUACCUGACCAAUUACGGACUGGGUGGUCAUUUUGGAAAGCAUGUUGACUACGUGGAGUUGGCCAAAAGACCUCCAGACUUUUUUGCUGAUUUCGGAGGCGAUCGCAUAGCUACAGCGUUAAUCUACGCAUCUGACAUUCCUUUGGGGGGAACUACAGUUUUCACAAAACUUAAGAUUGCCGUGCAGCCCAAAAAAGGCAGUGCAUUGAUUUGGUUCAACUUGAAUCACGCCGGAGAGCCUGAUCCGCUAACAGAACAUUCCGUUUGUCCUGUCGUCCUGGGCUCCAGAUGGAUAAUAUCGAAAUGGAUCCACGAACGCCAGCAAGUAUUCAAGAAGCCUUGUUUAGCCUAAUAUAUAUAUAUAAUAGCUGCCAUUAGUGGGGCAUGCAAAUAAAUAGCCAUUGCCGAGGGACGAAUCUCCCAUCGGCGCACUUUG